UACAAGUCACGGAUGACUUAUACCUGACCCGAAACAAAAACAAUUAAAAACCGAAUCAAUCGCAAUCAUCCAAACAAAGCACGCACAGUGAUGAGGCGCCACCGUCACCAACUGCCCCCACAAGUCACCGAUGACGACGACGACGACGAUGAUUCCGACGACUCCGACGACGACCCCACGAUGAAAUGCGUCUCCUGCAAAGAAGACUACACUCGCUGCGACGCCGGCACUUGUCGCGAAUGCUACGAAGAAGCCAGCGAGACUGAAGAAGAACUCAAACGUGAGAUCGAUGAGCUCAAAUCCAAGGUCUCCUUUUUGAGAUUCUGGGCCCCACUUCAUCAGCUGAGCAAUCGGUUCGCUACUCCGUGUUUUACCGAUGUUGUUUUGAUGGCUUCUGGAGAUGGGUGUGGUGAGGCUGUGCCUGUUCCUGCUCACAAGGCUGUUUUGGCCAGCCGAUCUCCAGUGUUUAGGGCUAUGCUUGAAAAUGAAAUGGUGGAGAGUCUAAGUGGUACCAUCAAGAUCAGUGAUGUAUCAUAUGAUGCGCUUCGUGCCUUUGUGAACUAUAUGUACACUGCGGAAGCAUGUCUGGAUGAGCAGAUGGCCUGUGACCUUCUGGUGCUGGCUGAAAAGUACCAAGUGAAGCACCUCAAAACAUAUUGUGAGAAAUACAUGAUUUCCAAACUGAAUUGGGAAAAUUCGCUUGUGAACUUCGCUUUCUCACACCAGCAUAAUGCUAAAAGUUUGCUCGAUGCAUCCCAAUCACUGAUAAUGGAUAACAUGGACAAGUUGAGCAAGAGCGAGGAGUACAAGGAGCUAGUUGAAAAAGAUCCACGGCUUGUAGUACAGAUCUAUGAAGCUUACCUGUCCAAGCAAGUUAAUACAGCUUCACUAAAAGAUUGCUCUACCAAGGCUUAGUAAAUACAGCAAGCCAAAAAAUUCUAAUUUAAACUAAGCUCGGGUAUACUCCAUCGAAUUCAGCAUGUUCACGGGGGCAAUUACUGUGUUUUAGAUCCAUUCUUGCUUAGCAAAACAUGACAUGCAAAUUAUUGACUGUUGUUUUCGGUUAAAAUAUCACUAAAAACUCUGGAGUUCCAGAACUACUUGCCUGUGGAUCACUAGAGGUUUUAUCGUAUUAAGUUUUGCAUGUUGGAUGCGAAGCUUUGGUGUUUAGCCCCAGUCCUUGUUUUUGUCUGAGUUGAAAGCAACAAUGCCUUCAGUUCCUUGUUUGGA